CUACAUUGUAACAUGUAAUAUAGCAAAUAUGUAGCUGCAGCUGUAGCACAGGGUUUGUUGUUAGAGGAGUUACUUUAUGGGAGCGACAUGGUGCUUGGACUUUUUAGUAUUACUAUCAACCCACAGUGGUGAAGCCAUAUUUGCCCCCCGUGCUACGCAUUUUAAUUCUAAGAUUUUCUUCUCCUGUGUUGCUUAGGUUCUGCAAUGACAUAAAUACCAGUGGUCCUACAAUACAGUUAUUUUUAUAAGAUUCAGAUAUUCUUUGCAAACACGUGACAGGAAAAUGUAGGCGUUUUACACGGAAUACACAGAUCCCUCAGCUGAAGUUGACUUACUGUAGGAGGAGUACAUGAACGUAGCACGACACCUCACCAACUGUCAUGGCGUCUCCCUUGAAGGGGGAUUGGCAGUGGAGAAAUUAGUCGCUAUCAUUUAUCAGAUUUCUCUUACGAGAAGUAGCAAACACAUAGUGAAGAGGCUUCCAGGAGCGGAUAGCGAUCAUGGGGACCGUCCAUGCUAAGAGUUUGGAUCCUCUCCCGAUGCAUGGCCGGGACUUGGGGGUCAACCCUGAUGACAUGGUGGAGACCUUGGAGCCAGAGCAGCAGGCCAAGCAGGAGAUCCUGGAAAACAAAGACGUGGUUGUUCAACAUGUCACCAUUCAAGGUCUGGGAAGAACUAAAGAGGAUCUUCUUGGCUACGAGAUCUCAGAUGUUUUUCAUGCCAAAAACCUCAUUGAUGUGAUGCAAAAAGCACAUGUCGCCAGACAGAGGCUGCUCCGCCUGGGAAUCUUCAAAGAGGUGGAGGUUCUUAUCGAUACAUAUGAAGGUGCAGAUGCUCUGCCCAAUGGUCUGGAUGUAACUUUUGAGGUGGCGGAGGUCAAGAGACUGACAGGAAGCUACAACACCAUGGUUGGCAACAAUGAAGGAAGCAUGGUGCUGGGACUGAAGCUGCCCAACAUGUUUGGCCGAGCUGAGAAACUCACUUUCCAGUUCUCCUACGGCACCAAGGAGACGUCCUACGGCCUGUCCUUCUUCAAGCCCCAGCCCGGACACUUCGAACGCAACCUCACUUUCAACUUGUACAAAGUCACCGGUCAGUUCCCAUGGAGCUCCUUAAAAGAGACCGACAGAGGCAUGUCUGCAGAGCUAAAUUUUCCUCUAGGAGUGACCAACCACACACUGAAGUGGGAGGGUGUGUGGAGGGAGCUAGGCUGCCUGGCACGCAGUGCUUCCUUUGCUGUCCGUGAGGAGAGCGGACACUCAUUGAAAUCUGCCCUCUCGCACACCCUGUCCAUUGAUUCAAGGAAUUCUGCCAUUUUCCCCAGCAGAGGUGCCUUGCUCCGGAUCAACCAGGAGCUGGCUGGUUACACAGGAGGAGACGCCAGCUUCUUGAAAGAGGAUUUUGAGCUCCAGCUUAACAGACGGCUCUUCUGGGACUCGGUCUUGUCUGCUUCUCUGUGGGGUGGGCUGCUUUAUCCCAUCGGAGGACAACUGUCUUGCAUUGCUGAUAGGUUUUACCUUGGAGGUCCCACUAGUGUACGAGGAUUUGGGAUGUAUAGUAUUGGGCCGCAAAGUGAAGGUGACUAUCUGGGUGGAGAGGCAUACUGGGCGGGCAGUCUGCACCUUUACACCCCUCUACCAUUCAGACCAGGCAAGGGUGGCUUCGGAGACCUUUUCAGGACACACUUUUUUCUCAAUGCCGGUAACCUCUGCAACCUCAACUAUGGUGAUGGUCCCCGAGCGCACCUUCAGAAGCUAGCUGAGUGUAUUCGCUGGUCAUAUGGAGCAGGCAUCAUGCUGCGGCUUGGAAACAUCGCCAGACUGGAGCUCAACUAUUGUGUGCCCAUGGGAGUUCAGAGUGGAGACAGGAUAUGUGAUGGUGUCCAGUUUGGAGCAGGAAUUCGCUUCCUGUAAUCUCAUCACUCAACUGUUCUCAGUCAUCCAGAAGAAAAGGGAGAACAUCUCGUCUUUUGUCACCUGUACUUUGUUGUAUUGUAUGUAACACUAGCAAGUGUCCUGUGUCUUGGAGAAGUGUGCCUGAGCCACCCAUUAGCACUAGUAAAGGCUUCUGAAGAACAAAGUGCCAUUGAACCUUUGUACAACCAAAACAGGUUUUCACUGUUGGGAGAGUUGAAAGUAAUCGGGUACCAAUUAUUAUUAUUAUUAUUAUUAUUAUUGCUAAUGCUUUAUUUUGCAAUGUUCCUCAAUUUCCUAACGGUUAGCUGGUAUAAUUUACAGUUAAAUACUUGGUACUAAUAGUAAGAGAAACGGAACAUGUUUCCCUUAUUAGCACCUAACUGUAGGAUUUUCCUGCAAAUAUCUUGGUAAUUUACAGCCACCAGCUGAUUUUAUAAGGCAAGUUUCAAAGUAUAGGACCUGUCAAAUAAAGCAUUACAUAUGUCUUUAGUGACAACUUCAAGACAUAAAAACAAUUGGAUAAAAAAAUAAAUAAAAUCAUUGUGCAUCUUUUCUGGCAGCAUAUCAGGACUGCUGCUUUUCAAUAGUCUUUAGAAUUGUGGUUUUGUUUUUAAUAUACAUAAUGCCCUUUUCUUGGUUUGACACCUCCAGCAUUGGUGCAUUGUCUGUGGAAAAGUCAUCUCUACUAGUGCUUUCCCCCACUGUGGUGACACAAAUUAUUUAUCUGAAUGUUCCCUGUUUGUGUUUCAUGAUAGCUUCUUGUCCAGGAGCACAAAUGAUUAUUCAUGUUUGAGAGUUUACACACACACAAAGUGUGUAACCCAGUCAGUUUGGUUGAGUUGUAACCUGUGAAUGACUGCAGGGGCAGCGAGGACAUGGACCGAGAGAAACCAGCACCUUUUUAAAUAUACACAGUGGCAUAGGAAGGGAAUCAUUGAAUCACUGCUGUUCGAUCCAAAUAAUGGCAGGUUGAUGUUCAUCUCUUUAGUUGACAGCACAAAGAUGGGAGCCCUGAGCAACAUCCACCACUAGUGCUGUUCCCUUUAGCUGCCUCUUUUGCUGCUGUUGAAGCUAUUCACAAAUAAAUCAGAGCUGCUCCUCUU